AUGAGCAUCCUGGUCCCCAUCCUGCUCGCUGUCCUGGCGCUGGCAGCCCGCCCGGGCCACGGGGCAGCCCUGGUGCCCACCGACAACUUUCUGACGGAGAGCAUCAAGCGGCUGAGCGAGCUCCUGGAGACCAAGGUUUCCUGUGACAAGAUGAACGUGACAAAUAUAUUUGCAGGCAAUAAGGAAGAUGAUGACAUGGAAGUCUUAUGCAAAGCCACCACCAUCGCCUGGGAGGGCAGGAGCUGCCACAUGCACCUGGAGGGGAUUUACGUCAACCUGCUGGCUCUGCUCCGAAGGCAGAGCCCAGAACACCAGGCACCGUGUCCCGUGGCAGCAGGGAACACAACUUCUCUGAAUGCUUUCUUCAUGGAUUUACGCAAAGUCCUCCAACGAUUAGUAAAAGACAGGAGUUUGAAGUGA